UCACGGUCGCUUCCUGCUUGAUUAUCUUCCUGAAGUAGACGCUGGUGGCUACGGAAAGCCAUGGAUUAAGGUUUCUGUUUAUGCUCGUUGGAAUUCGUCAAAGACACGCUUCUUCUCCGUGGUCUAAGUACACGUUAACAACACAAAUAUAAAGUCGGAGAUGGAUGGACAAUGAUGCCAGGAGGAGUGCAGUUUGAGACAACGGUUGGCUCUGUCACCAAAACCAUGUACCAGCCCAGAGCCUGAUGCCCAUUCUUACUACAUCUGUUACCAUGGAUGCAGAGGACUACCUGCCCCUAGAUGGCUCUUUGGACAGCCCUGAAUAUGGUCCACCUAGUUCUCCUCUGGAUUCCUCUGUGGAGAGCCAGAUCUUUUCCUCAAACUCAUGGCAGACUCCAUAUGGUCAGCAGUUCUCUAUGCAAUCUGAGAGCAGGCAGUACACCUCAACCUCUACAACUAUGGCGCCCAUGGAUGUAUUUGAGGACUUCGAUGACCUGAGCAGGAAUGAAUUUCCUCAGGACUUCAUUGAUGAACUAUCAAACAACUCCUUGUUCUCCUCACCCCGAGACUCGGCCUCAGACUAUGGAGACACUAUGCCGCACACUUCCACUGCCAUGGGGCCCUGGGCCAUCAGUGGACCUGGCCUCAACCAGAGAGAGAAUCUGAGCAGGACUCAUGCUGCCCUGCCAGCCAUCAUCAACACUCCUCUGCUGCGCACAUACCAGACGGCUCCACCUGAGGAAGAGGAGGAGGCUGAUGAAGAAGAAACAGAGGAGUUGGGACAUGUGGACACAUACGCAGAGUACAAACCAUCAAAAUCUACUAUUGGCAUUUCCCAUCCAGACAUUGUUGUGGAGACUAACACCUUGUCUAGUGUGCCCCCACCUGACGUCACUUACACCCUCUCCAUCCCUGAGACUACCAUCAGCACCGGCCUUCUCUCUGCUCUACAACUGGAGGCCAUCAUCUACGCCUGCCAGCAACAUGACGUCAUCCUACAGAAUGGGAUGCGGGCUGGCUUCCUGAUAGGGGAUGGAGCAGGAGUAGGAAAGGGCAGAACAGUGGCUGGCAUCAUCUUGGAGAACUACCUGAAGGGUCGCAAAAGAGCACUUUGGUUCAGCGUUUCCAACGACCUGAAGUAUGAUGCGGAGAGAGAUCUCAAAGACAUUGAUGCGCCCAAUAUCCCUGUUCACGCUUUAAACAAGAUUAAGUAUGGAGACACUUCUACCUCAGAGGGGGUUCUAUUUGCCACAUACUCCGCUCUGAUUGGUGAAAGUCAAGCAGGCGGGCAGCACCGCACCAGACUCAAGCAAAUACUUGACUGGUGCAAGCCCAACUUCGACGGAGUCAUUGUGUUUGAUGAAUGCCACAAAGCCAAAAACGCUACGUCCACUAAGAUGGGCAAGGCGGUGUUGGACCUGCAGAGCAAGCUGCCCAAGGCAAGGGUGGUGUAUGCCAGUGCCACAGGUGCCUCUGAGCCAAAGAACAUGAUCUACAUGAGCCGUCUAGGGAUCUGGGGAGAGGGCACACCCUUCAAGACCUUUGAAGACUUCCUGCAUGCCAUCGAGAAAAGAGGUGUUGGUGCCAUGGAGAUAGUUGCCAUGGACAUGAAGGUCAGCGGAAUGUACAUAGCGCGGCAACUCAGCUUUGCCGGUGUGUCAUUCUGCAUCGAGGAGAUUGCCCUGGAUGCAGAGUUCAAGUUGGUCUACAACAAAGCCGCCAGACUGUGGGCUGAAGCCCUGGUCUUGUUCCUGAGGGCAGCUGACACUCUGGGGCUGGUGUCCAGGAAGUCUCUCUGGGGCCAGUUCUGGUCCGCACACCAGCGCUUCUUCAAAUACCUCUGCAUCUCAGCCAAAGUGCGCCGGCUAGUGGAGCUGGCCAAGACUGAGCUGGAACAAGGCAAGUGCAUUGUGAUCGGCCUGCAGUCCACGGGUGAGGCUCGUACUAGGGAGGUGUUAGACGAAAAUGAUGGGCAUUUGGACCGCUUCGUCUCUGCUGCUGAGGGUGUGUUCCAGUCGCUGGUGCAGAAGCAUUUUCCCUUGGAGAAACCCAAGAGAGACAAGCCUGCUGGGAACAAGAGGAAACGGAAACCCCGGGGCCGGCCUCCGAAGUAUCCAAAGCAUAGUAAGGCCAUAGUAGGGGAGGUGAUCAGCAUAAGUGACAGCAGCAGCUGUGAGUCAGACGGGAUGUACAGCUAUUCCAACUCUUCCCCCGAGACCCCACUAGACAACGACGACGUCAUCUUCGUCAAUCACAUCAAUGGUCACACAGGUACUCCCUCACACCCUCCUCCCAGCUGUCUGACCCAUGCAAUAGAAAAGCAAUGCAAUGAAUGUCUCCUACCCCAACUCACUUUACUUUCCCCCCCCACAGCUAAACUAGAAGAAUUAAAGCAGGGCCUGCUCAGCAAGAUAUCAGACCUGGGGAAGGAGUUGCCUCUGAACACCCUGGAUGCGCUGAUUGACCGCUUCGGAGGCCCAGAGAAUGUGGCUGAGAUGACGGGGCGUAAGGGUCGCGUGGUUCGCCACCCUGAUGGCACAGUGCGGUAUGAGUCACGUGCUGAGCAGGGCCUCACCAUUGAUCACGUUAACAUCCGGGAGAAGGAACGCUUCAUGUGUGGAGAAAAGUUGGUGGCCAUCAUCUCUGAGGCGGCGAGCUCGGGCAUUUCCCUCCAGGCCGACAAGCGUGUGCAAAACCAGCGUAGGAGGGUCCACAUGACCCUAGAGCUGCCCUGGAGUGCCGACCGGGCCAUCCAGCAGUUUGGCCGCACUCAUCGGUCGAACCAGGUGACUGCUCCCGAGUACGUUUUCCUCAUCUCAGAGCUGGCUGGAGAGAGGCGUUUUGCUUCAAUCGUGGCGAAGAGGCUUGAGAGUCUGGGUGCUUUGACUCAUGGAGACAGGCGCGCCACAGAGUCCAGAGACCUCAGCAAGUUCAACUUCGAGAAUAAGUAUGGAAACAAAGCUCUGGACCGGAUCACCAAAGCCAUCCAGGGCCACAUCAAGAACACUGUCCCUGUACCCAAGGAAUACCCUGGUGGUGAUGCUGUCUUCUUCCGAACCAUGAAACAGUGCAUGAUGGAUGUGGGAAUCCUCUGCAGCAAUCCUCGCUUUGUCAUCAAUGGUGACAAAGACUGCACAAUCACCAAGUUCCUGAACCGCAUCCUGGGCCUGGAGGUUCACCAGCAGAACUUCCUGUUCCAGUACUUCACUGACAAUUUUGAGCACCUCAUUGAAAAAGAUAAGAAGGAAGGCAAAUAUGACAUGGGCAUUUUAGAUCUGGCCCCAGGGAACGAUGAGAUCCGUGAGGAGACCCAAGAGCGCUUCUUGACCGCAGGGAAUCCACAGGAGGGACAGGUCAUACUGUAUAAAAUCAGUGUGGAUCGAGGCAUGCCCUGGGAGGAGGCAGUUUGUAAGGCUGGUACCCUCACUGGAGAGGAUGAGGGAUUCUACCUCUCUCACAAGUUACGAGGAAGUAUGCCAUGUGUACUGCUGGCAGAGCAGGGGCGAGGCAGAAACCUUGUUGUAUACAAACCCAACAUUGGCAAACAGGCUCAUCCCGAAAGCUUAGACAACUUGCAGCUUCGCUAUCACAAGGUGACCCCUGACGAGGCAAAGGAUUGCUGGGAAAACCAGUUUGAGUUCUCUCUGGAGAAGUGCAGCCAUGCUCACUGGAAGGGCAAAUGUAAACAGAAGGAGAUGGGCCAUGAGUGCUGGCUGGGCAUGCGUCUGAAGCAGUACCACAUGCUCUGUGGUUCCCUGUUACGGGUUUGGAAACGGGUGGCUGACAUAGUCUCUGACAUCACAAACUCCAGCAUCCUGCAGAUUGUACGAUUGAAAACCAAACAAAACAGCAAGCAAGUCGGCAUCAAGAUCCCUGAGAACAGUGUGGAGCGGGUGCGUGCCGAGUUGAAACAGAUGGACGGGGACGUGAAGCGGCAGCGGCAGGAGCGCGAGCAGCGGGCGCAGGAGAAGCUCCACACAGAGCAGCUACUGCUCCGUCUGGCCAAGCUCCGCUCCACCAACCCCGCCAACCCCGGCAUGGCCCUGUCCAGCUUAUUCCCCCGCUCUACCUCCACGUCGUCCACCAACUCCCCCAGGGCCCUACCCGCACUGGUGAAGAAGGAGCUGCGGGACUCGGACGAGGUGCUGGACCUGACACACAGCCCCUCGCCCUCCCCAGACAGCAGCACGGCCGAGGCAGGACUGGGGGCGGACAGCGGCCCCACCCUGCCUGAGACCUUCCACCUGGAGGCGCUCAUCUCUCAGGAGAGGCAGCGAGAGCAGAGUGGCAGCAGCAGCAGCAGCAGCACCCAGGCACACGCGCUGCACGCACGACUUCUCCAGCAGCAGCAGCACCACCAGCAACAGCAGCCCCGCGGCCCCCACCCUACACUCCCCCUCGCCCAGCAGAGGCGGCGGAUGCAGGCACAGGCACAGGCACAGACACAGGCACAGGCACAGGCACAGACACAAGCCCAGCACCAGACGAGCCGCUUGCUACUCAAUCACACCAACCUGCGGCAGCGACUGCAGCAGCGCUCCAGCAGCCCCCUGCCUUCGCACGCAGGCACACCAGGCAACGCUGCGCCACACGGCUCCUACAACAACCAGUUCCCCGUCAGAGUCAACGUGCCUAUUCGACCCAUGGCGAAUGCAGCCAUGCAUAAAACGCCGCAGAACGCACGCAAGUUGCCACAGUCACAGUCGACUCAGAACAUGGGUCUAAAGCAGCAGCUCCGCACCGAUACGUAUCCAAUGCUGCAGCAGCUUCAGCAGGAACUGCAGCGAGAGAGAGAGCGGGAUCGGGAGCUUGGGCUAGAUCGGCCGUACGCUCAGCAGGCCAGAAACAGGCAGCGCCUAGCCAGUGCCGCGCAUCUUCCAAACAUGCACAGGGUGCACAUGGGCAACAUGCACGCACAACAUCUGUCAAACACUCAGCCGUCAAGUACUCGCACGAUACAGCAGCAGCAACAACAACCGCAACAGCAUCAGCAACAACAACAGCAGCAGCAACAAAAAAUGCUUCACAACACUUUGAGUCAGCAAAGCUCCCUCACCCAACCCCAUACACAGACACAGACUCAGACUCAGACACACCCCCAGGUGAAUACACAUACCCAUGCGCUUUCGGUAAGCCCACCCAUGUCACUCGAUGACUGUCCAUCUCCUAAUGACAUUCUGGAUUUCCUGGACUGCACGGCAUCCUCUGGUGUCCUCCCACCAUCCUACUACUCCACCACCUCUUCCCAGGCUGUUUCUCCAUCGCUUUCAUCCUCCUCCUCUCCCUCUAUCGCUUCCUCUACGUCACUGUACUCGGCUGGGCUACCUUUGCCUGUCGGCACAGGCACGGGAUCCUCUUCUGUCUUUGCUCCUUCCUCCUCCCCUUCCUCCGCCAGUAAUCUUUCCCUCCUCUCAUCAAAUCCCUCGCUUCUGUCAUCUGGCAACCAUAACUCCGUGUUCUCCUCUAACAAUGGCUCCUCCAUCCUUCCUCCUGCACAUACUCUCCUCUCCCCCAUUAACUCCUCUCACCUGUCAGGUCAUUCGCUCAACCCCUCUCAACUUUCCACUGCCCCGACUGACACAUACUCACUCUUCUCAUCCUCCUCUUCCUCAACCUCCUUACCCAAUGGCCACUGCAGUAUGGACGCUUUGGACAUGUUGAGAGCCGGCUCUGGAGACCGUCAGUCUGUUAUUCAGUACAAGCCCGAGUGGGACGCCACCUAGGAUCCAAGGUGCUCGCUCGGCUGCCACUGUUCACGCACACACACCUCAGAUCAGAACUGCCCAUCAGAACUACCCCCCCUCGACCCCCCCCCUCCCAUGCAGAUGCCGUGAGCCACUGUCUCCAGGGCUAUCAAGUAGCAUAAUUAUGUUCUGUUGAGUAAUGGUCUGCAUUUUAUAAGCUACUGCUAAGAAAUUGUGUUUGUUUUGUUUUUUAUCUGUUCUCUGUUGUGUUCUAUUUUGCUUUUGUGAUGACCACAGUUGAUCUUGGUAGAGAAGACCCACCAUAUGCUUCUUUCUGAGGUAACGCAACAUGCCCCAACAAAAUUAAGUUGUAAGCCUCUGAGGCAUUAGCGCCUCUGUGCUACAAGAAGCCAGAGUGUUCAGGGGUGGGGGCGGCAUUACUGUCAGAAGUACUGGAUGUAGUCAGCAUGUUUCUUAAUCUGAUCAUUUCAAAAGAUAGUUGGCUUCAUAACUUCAAUUGCCCAUUGAAAAUUGUUUUGAUAUAUUGUGCCUAAUUAUUAUAAGACACAACCCAUAUAAGAGCAGCCUUCUGUCUCUCAGAUCAACCGAAAUUGUCAGGCCCUCUGAUCUGAAAGAUCCUAAAUGGCUGGAGCCAUUGUAGUUUCUCUGUGGCUGAAGCCUAGUUUUUCUGUCUUAUUUCUGUCAUGGGGAAAUCUGUUCUGAUCAAAUGAAAUGCCUUGUUCUAACAGUGCCUUCACAAAUGCUAAACAAAUGCAGUCUUUGAAACUGAUAUGUAUAUAUUUAUAUUGAGAGAAGUGGAAUAUUAUUUAUUACUAUGACUUAUAUGUUACUCUAAAGAAAAAAAAAGAACUUCCUCUCUUGAGCAGUGGCCACUGUCACACAACAUUUAGUCUGCUGUUUAUGGUUAUUAUUGAUAUUAGAUUAAUUAUUAGCUCUAAUAUUUGCUAUUAUUUUGCCCUACUCAGCAAGUUAGACCAUUCUCUUUCGUCCACAUCUUCCCUGGCUGUGAUGGCAGAGAGAGAAAAAUGGCCAGUGCUGAAAGUGAAGAUGGCUGUAAUGUGAGUCAGAUGUUAUAAUACAACUUGUCACUUGUACUGCUUGUUUUAAGUAAUUUUCUCAGGUAUAGUGCUGUCCUUUUUCUACCAGUCCAGACCAAUUAUUACCGUAUUUGAAGUUAAUUCGUUUUGAGAAGAUAUGUUUUGUUUGGGGAAUUAAUUCAGGGGAACCAGGGGAACCAAAAUUGCAGAAUAGGAGAAGCAGUGAAUCAGGUAUUGUUUUCACUGUCUCUCACCUUCACGUUGAAGUGUAAGCAAUACAGUGUCUUAUGAACAUUUCUCAAAUAUACCUACAAUUGAUGAACAACUCCUCAAAAGUGCUUCAGUGGUUCAACAAAUUAGUGUGUAUUUGUCUAACUGGUUUGAAUAGUUCUAUUUAAAUAUUCUUUAAAAUUGGGUGGGAGUUCAGUUGUCAAGGUCCUCACUGUAAGGUCAAUAGAUGUGUCUUGUGUUCUUGUAUUCAAGUGGGAAGAAUGAAAUGUGUUAUUGUUCUUUGAUGUUGCUGUUCAUAUUAUUGUCAUCAUAACUAUUAUUGUUAUUUAUAUUCAAGGGAUACUUUAGUAGGACUGUUAUGUUGAAUCUUUAAUCCUGUUCGAUAGCUCAACAUGUUCUAAACCUCUCAUCAGGGCCCCCCUCCCACACCCUCCUCAAAACUUUAGUCAAAGCUUAUUUAACCUGCCACCAAAUAUAUUGCACUGCCACGCACUGCUGUACUGCAAUAUAGUAUGUUUUAUGUCUGAUCUAUGUUAUGCACACUAAUCAAAAAAUGAUCUCCUUGCUUCAUUAGGUUUCAACCACCCCACCUUGUCCAUUUUAUUUCUGACACCAAAGCAUCAGCACAAGCAUCUUACAAAGUGAACACAGGGGUGAAUAGCUUUGGCAUUUUUACUGAUCAGAUGCCAUUUCAGGUUCCAUCAUAGUAGAAUUCUCCCUGAAGUUAAUCUCAGGAAGGCCCAUGGGAUCACUUUAGCGACGCAAUGGGUUAUUUAACGGGGCAAAACAUGUCCUGCAAUGUUGACUACUGUUCUUAAAAGAAGGAUAAAUUGAAUACUGAGCUCUUGUACCAAUUUUGGAAUAUUUGUGAGUUUGACACCAAAUCAAAUGUUUUUAUUUUUUUUCUACGGAUAGUUUUAGAGUAGAGGAGAAUGCCAUUUGUUUUAUUAUUAUUAUUAUUGUUAUUAUUAUUAUUAUCGUUUCAGCAAAUCUGUUGGUGUCAGCAUUACCCUUUAUUCAGAUUCCUGUUCUCUGCACAAACUCUGACUAGUCUGCUCCUACUGCAGUUUAUAGUACCGGUAGCUGUCACUGUCAAAUACAAACCAGUGUCCAUUUCAGGCCAUCAAGCAUCGAAAUUACGUUUGACCUCUUAUUUCAGUGUUUUGUUGAACAAGAGAAAUCUGUAUUCUAAAUGUGAUUUUGUCACUAGUGUGCAUUUUCAUAAAAUGGUCUACCUUUCCCUUUCGAAGAACUGAAAGAAGUUCUUUGGUGAACACUUUGAUAAUAAAAUCAGAACAUUUAUUGAAACUGCUACUGAUUGUAUGUAUUUUCUGUUGGAGCACUUUUUUUUUUCUUUCGGGGUCCUUUUUAUUUACUGAAUAUUUAUGACUGGGUGUAAUUGUAAAUAAUGUAAACAUCUGUGCCUUUUGACUCAUUCUCAACAUUUUCUAUAUCUAACAGAAGGAAUAUAUUGUAUUGAUAUUAAUUUUGUUAACAAAUAAAAAUAAAAAACUAGAGUUUG